CCACAAAGCUUCUUGGUUGCCUAGGAAACACACAUGGACCUCACCACCUGGAGUAACAACUAUACUGGACAGUCAGAUUUUACCCUGCUGGGAUUCUUCAGUCAAUCCAAACACCCUGCCCUGCUUGCUGUGGUCAUAUUUGUGGUUUUCCUGAUGGCCUUGUCUGGGAAUACCCUCCUGAUCCUGCUGAUACUCUCUGACACCCACCUCCACACACCCAUGUACUUUUUUAUCAGCCAGUUGUCCCUCAUGGACAUGAUGUACAUUUCUGUCACUGUGCCCAAGAUGCUCAUGGACCAGGUCCUGGGGAGCCACAAGAUCUCAGCUGCUGCCUGUGGGAUGCAGAUGUUCCUCUAUGUGACACUAGCAGGUUCAGAAUUUUUCCUUCUGGCUGCCAUGUCUUAUGACCGCUAUGUGGCCAUCUGCCAUCCACUCCGAUAUUCUGUCCUCAUGAACCACAGGAUGUGUCUCCUCCUGUUGUCUGUCUGUUGGCUCCUGGGAUCUUUGGAUGGCUUCAUGUUCACCCCUGUAACCAUGAACUUCCCAUUCUGUGGAUCUCGGGAGAUUCAUCACUUUUUCUGUGAGGUCCCUGCUGUGACAAAGCUCUCCUGCUCAGACACUUGGCUCUAUGAGACUUUCAUGUAUGUGUGCUGUGUGCUCAUGCUUCUCAUCCCUGUGACAGUCAUUUCAGCCUCCUAUUCAUGCAUCCUCCUCACUGUUCUCAGGAUGAACUCAGCAGAGGGCAGGAAGAAGGCCCUUGCCACCUGCUCCUCCCACAUGACUGUGGUCCUCCUCUUCUAUGGCGCUGCUAUCUAUACCUACAUGCUCCCUGCCUCCCUUCACACCCCUGAGAAGGACAUGGUGGUAUCUGUGUUUUACACAAUACUCACACCUCUGUUGAACCCACUAAUCUAUAGUUUUAGGAAUCAGAAUGUCACAGAGGCUAUGAAAAAAUUGUUGGGUGUAAGCACCCUCUUCCAAGAAAUAGUAAAGUAAUCUGUAAUACAUUUUUCUUUUCCUUGUCUCUGUGCAUCUAUUGAUCCAGGUCUCAUACUGAUGUUAUUGCUGAUUCAUCGUGUCUCA